AUGGCGUCCAUCUACAUUGACGAGGACGUCGGCCGCGACGAAGCUCCGGCGACCGGCUCUGAGACCGCUCCCUACAAGACCCUUAUCCAUGCCUUUGUGCAGCACCCACCGACCACAGAGGGCAUCCAGUACCUCACCCGCAAGUCGCAGACUGACGCCCCUGGCGAAGAUGUGGAUCCCGCCGCCAAGCUGGAGUGGAAGCCCGCCACCAAGUCCGCCAUGAAGAAAGCCACCAACCUGUGGGAGCAACGCAAGAAGAAGGCCGCCAAGGAGCACGAACUCGCCAUUCGCGAGAAGGCCGAGGCUGACAAGCGCCAGAAGGUCCUGGAGGAGGCCAAGAAGGUCGUCAUUAAGGAGGACACCUCCCUGCCCAAGCCUGUGCGCAUUCGCCUGGACGUCACCGACCCGGCCGUCGUCCAACUCCGCACCCCCGAGUCUGAUGUCCCGGGCACUCGAGUGCGCGUGCUGGGCCGUGUCCACCGCAUGCGUGCGCAGAAGGACUAUGUCUUCAUCACCCUCACUGAUGGCUAUGGCUACCUCCAGUGCAUCUUGACCGGCGACAUGGUCAAGACCUACGACAUCAUGACCCUCACCCUGGAGACCUCGAUGUCCAUCCACGGCGAGAUGCGCGCGGUGCCACCCAAGCAGCACGCUCCCAACAACCGGGAGCUCCAUGCUGACUUCUUCGAGAUCAUCGGCCGCGCCGCCGGUGACAAGGAGGCUAUCACCACGCGCGUGGCGCCGGACGCCGACCCGCAGACCCUCUACGACAACCGGCACCUGGUGUUGCGUGGUGAGACCUCUUCCUCCGUGAUGAAGGUGCGUGCCGCCACCUUGCGUGCUUUCCGUAAGGCCUUCGAGUCGAACCGCAUGCUUGAAGUGACCCCGCCGGCGAUGGUGCAGACCCAAGUCGAGGGCGGCAGCACGCUGUUCGGCUUCGACUACUACGGCGAGAACGCCUACUUGACCCAAUCCUCACAGCUGUACCUGGAGACCUGUCUCCCGUCGCUGGGCGACGUCUUCUGUGUCUGCCCGUCCUUCCGUGCCGAGAAGUCCCUGACCCGCCGUCAUCUGUCGGAGUACACCCACAUCGAGGCCGAGCUGGACUUCAUCACCUUCACCGACCUGCUGGACCACCUGGAGGCCGUGAUCUGCCAGGUCAUCGACCAUGUGCUGGCGGAGCCCGAGAUUGCGGGCUACAUCAAGACCCUGAACCCGGACUUCAAGCCGCCGUCGCGUCCUUUCCGCCGCAUGAAGUACUCAGACGCCAUCGACUGGCUGCGCGAGCAUGACAUCCCUAACGAGGAGGGCCAGCCGCACACCUUUGGUGAUGACAUUGCCGAGGCUGCCGAGCGCAAGAUGACCGAUAUCAUUAACCAGCCCAUCUUCUUGACCCACUUCCCGGCUGAGAUCAAGGCCUUCUACAUGAAGAAGGACGAGUCGGACCGCCGCGUCACCGAGAGUGUGGACGUGCUGAUGCCCGGUGUUGGCGAGAUUGUCGGUGGCAGCAUGCGUAUGGACAAUUGGGAUGAACUGAUGGCUGCUUACAAGCACGAGGGCAUGGACCCCAAGCCCUACUACUGGUACACUGACCAGCGCAAGUAUGGUACCUCCCCUCACGGCGGCUACGGCCUUGGUCUGGAGCGCUUCCUGGCCUGGCUGUGCGCUCGGUAUACCGUGCGUGACUGCUCACUCUACCCCCGCUACACGGGCCGCUGCACCCCGUAA